AUGUCUGUCGAAAGUAUUAAAAGACUUGUCCAGUGCGAGAACGAUGCCAAAGAGAAGCUAGAGAUGGCACGUAGGGAGCUUGAGGAGAUGAGGGCUCAAGCGAGAAGAGAUGCAGGAUUGAUGGUUGAGGACCUUAGAAAGGAAAACGAAAGUAGGUUACUUCUUCUAGAAAAGGAAGUUGAGGAAUACAUAAAAGUAGUUGAUGAAAGGCUAAAAUCCGAAUUUGAGAUGAAGGUCAAGAAGCUUAGAGAUGUGAGAAACAAAGGAGACGUUGUUUCUGCGUUGGUAGAGCAUGUCUCCGGUGGAAGCGAAAAAUAA